AUGGCCGUUAAAAAUGGUUAUGGAGAUCAUUUGAUAUCGCUGGAUGACUCAAAAGUCGACAGAAUCAUGAAGUCGCAAUACGUCGCUACCUUCUUUUACAUUCUCGCCAUCGGCUUUUCUCAGCUCGCCUUUCUCUGCUUUGUCCAACACCUGACACCAACGUCUCGGAGCCGGGUGGUGUUUCUCGCUCUGCAGAUCAUCAUCGCAGUCUGGGCAAUAUCGGCGGUCUUUGCAUCCGCGUUCCAGUGUCAACCACAUCAAUGGGACUAUCUGCAUGGUAGUUGCUACGACCGAAAAGCAUUCUUCAUCUACCUCGGGGUUUCAAACAUCUUCACGGACGUGGCCAUCAUCACGCAGGCGGUCCAGGUGAUUGCCAUCGUGCAGACAACCUGGAAGAGAAAAGCCAAUAUCAUAGCUGUCUUUUUGUUUCGCGUCAUCACCAUCGACUUAGCCGAUGCCACCUCCGAGACCUGGUCGGUCACUGUUACCUCCCAGUUGGUGCAGUGCCUGAGCAUAGUGACGGCCAGCGCACCGCAGUUUAUCCCCUUCCUCAAACAACUCCAGUCGACUGGGAUGCGACUCGACGGUAUGACUCGCUACACUCUUUCCAGUCAUCAUAAAUCGGCCCGCAGCAGAUACUACCUCUCGACCGAUCGAAGACGCACCGGCAAUGAGUCCACCCAUGAACUCGAUAAUAUCCCCCUGGCGACGACCAAAACGGUGGUGACAUCGAAUGUGAAUGGUCCGGAUGAUGACCAUGAUAAUGAGAGUCAGUCGAGCCAGACAGGCAUCAUCCGCGAGACUCGGACAUGGACGGUCACAGAGGAGCAUACAUGUCUGCCCGGUCACAACGGUUGA